AUGAAUACGCUUAUUCCAGUUUUUGCUGUAGCCAUUAAAUUAAUAUAUUUUUCCUUUUUUAUAGCUGAAUUUAUUCAUCCUUGCAACAACACCGAAACCUCCUGUUUGAUACAAGCUACCCAAGAAGCUAUACCGGAAUUUGCCAAAGGCUUACCAAACUUAGGAGUACCCUCCUUAGACCCCUUCAUUAUUGAUGAGCUACCAAUUCAACUGCCCGGUGUGAAGGUCACAUUUCUUGAUGGGAAGGUCACUGGACUUCGAAAAUGUCAGGUGCUAAAUGUCGAGGCUUAUCUGGAGAAGAAUAUAUUUAUACUUGAAAUAAAGUGCAAUAUAACAAUCAAAGGCAAAUACACGGCUAUUGGAAGACUAUUACUAUUCCCGAUAAAUGGAGAAGGCGACUCCAAAAUAAAAAUAGUUAACUCCGUCAUAAAACUGAACAUAAAGACGAAGUACUUUAAGGAUGCGGACGGCCGAGACCAUUUCGGUAUAAAAAACUACAAGUAUACGUUUGAUUAUGGCGACAGAGUUCAUUACACCAUCAAUAACCUAUUCAAAGGAAACCCGGAAUUAAGCAAUACAGUUCUACAGUUUCUAAAUGAAAAUUGGAGAGUGGUGACGGAAGAAUUCGGUCAACCAGUCGUGGACUACGCUAUGAAUGUCACAGUCGAUACGGCUAAAAAAUUCUUUGAAGCUAUCCCAUACGACGAGUUGCUAUACGUGCCUAUACCAAAGUACUAA